UCUCGGAGAACUACAGUACCCUUCGCAGUGCAUUCUGGGGAAUGUGGUGUGCUGUGUCGCUGAGGCUCCCUGCGGGCGGACGUCGCUUCCGAGAAACUACCAGCCUGGAAAGUAGCAUCCGGUUAGUUUCAUCAGGAUGAGACUGGGAAAGAGACUGUUUUAAUGGACUCUUUGCAACCUUAGUUCUCUGGAGGGGCCUCGCUGCUGCCAGGCUGCUUUUCCUGAACACACUGCAAGCACACGAAGGCCCCUAGAAAUGGAUAAAUUCGUCAUUCGAACGCCUAGACUCCAGAGUAGUCCUCAGAAGAGAGAUCCUGGAGGAAAGAUUUACAAGCAGGCCACAAUUGAAUCUCUGAAGAGAGUUGUGGUUGUAGAAGACAUAAAAAGAUGGAAAACUAUGUUGGAGCUUCCUAAUCAAACCAAAGAGAAUCUAGUUGAAACAUUACAAGAAUUAAAGAAGAAAAUACCCUCCAAGGAAGUGUUAAAAUCAACAAGGAUAGGUCACACAGUGAAUAAGAUGUGUCAACACUCAGAUUCAGAAGUGGCUUGUCUUGCCAAAGAAGUUUACACUGAGUGGAGAACUUUCAUUGAGAAACAUGCAAAUAGACCUUCUAUUGAAGUUCGAAGUGAUUCCAAAACCGAGGCGCUUAGGAAAAACGCCCAGAAAUUACUCUCAGAAGCGCUGGAAUUAGAGAUGGAUCACCUACUGGUUGAAAAUAUUGAGCGGGAAACGUUUCAUCUCUGCUCCCGCCUCAUUAAUGGGCCCUACCGGCGGACGGUGAGAGCCCUGGUCUUCACAUUAAAGCACCGAGCUGAAAUCCGGGCUCAGGUGAAGAGCGGCUCGCUGCCCGUCGGCGUGUUUGUGCAGACCCACAGAAAAUGACCCGAGGACGGCUCCAGCCCGGGCUGGGCAGAACAGAAAACGUGCCCCUCUCUGCUAUUCAAAGACCCUUUUGAGUUUGGGUGAUGGCUGAUGCUGGCUGCGCUAAAUUUUCCCAUGGUGCCAUUCCUUCAGACAGAGGAUGCAGAGCGCCCUGGGAGACAGGCCUGCAGGAAACGCUUCAUUAGCUGCCGUGCGCCGGUGCUGCCUAACGGGACGCGCACAGGCUGUCACUAGGAAGCGCUGUACGGUUGCCAUCACCCAACCCAGCAAAGGGUGGUGGAUUUCACUGUGAGUAUGCCAGGGACACCUCUAAACUUCCCCCAUGUCAGGCAGAUGAAGUCGCUACUUUAUUUCGCCACCCUGCAGGUAACUGAAACUCAAUUACUGCUGCCGCUCACACGGUUCCAUCCCCCUGAGUUUAGAUGGCUCUGGUGCCUCUCAGAACUCCCCUGUCUGUUCUCUUUGCUCUACCCCAGGGGUGAGCCUGCCGGAGCCAGCCCACUGCCCCUUCUUUCCAGAGCUCACUUAUCUGAAUGUUUCAGCUCUCCCUGGAAGACCUUCUGUGUUGGUCUUCGGAGCCCCCAUGCUGAGUCUCCUAAUGAAGAGCUGGCCUGGAGCAUCCCCACACUCAGGCUAUUUGAAUAUGUGACACUCUCAUUUUAAGGUUCUGUAGAAGAUACAUAAUGAAAUUCCUCUUGAAAUGAAUUACUGUAGUGAAAAAAAUCCAUCCCUAUAUAUUUUAAAAUAAAAUACCUUUAUAUAGACCUCUUGAAACAAUUAUGUAAAUGAUAUUUGCUUUUUUAUAAAUAAUAAUAAACUGGGACUUUCCCCCCCACUAAAACAAAAGAUAUGGCUUGUUCAUUGAAAAGUGUUUUGGGUUGAGAAAAAGUAUAGUUGAUGAAAAUGAAAAAUAAUUGCAAAGAAUUUAAAGAAAUAGUAAGACUCGAGAAAGGGUUUUUGAGGUUAGGGGAGACUGGAGCAUGUUUGUAAUCUAAAAAGAAGGAGCUAAUAAAAAAAAGGAGAGAUUUAAAAUACAAAAAAAGAGGGGAUGGGUUAAAAAGCAAGGACAGAAAGGAAGGGAUUAAUGUGGCCUGUUUAAUCCUCUCAUCUGUUGUGUUAGUAGAUAUUGUUUCAAUUUUUUUAUAUUUCUUCAUUUAUUCAGCAAUCAUUUAUUGAGCACCCAUUCCACGGAGUACUGUGGAUACCUAGCAGGAACUGAGAUGAGACCCUGAGGCUCACCAGGCAGAGGUAUCUUGUUCCAUUUCCCACUGCUAGGAAGUACUGAAGCUGGAAUCAUAAUUAAGCACCCACCAGGCACUCAGCACUGUGAUAGACAUUUUAAUAAUAAUAUGCAAUUAAAGAUCAGAAAAGUGAGUCCCAGAAUGGCUUAGUAACUUACUCAGGAUCACACAGAUAGUGAAAGGCAGAGCUAAGGUUCAAAACCCUGGUCUGUUUGAUUGGCUCCAGUCUCCCAGGUUCAUUCAUUCACUCUCUUAUGGUUACAUGCAGAUGACACUCCAAUUUGUAUCUUCAGACAGUACAUAGUCCCUCAGUUUCAGAUACAUCAUCCAAGAUGCCUCGUGGGCUUCUCAGCUGUAACAUGUCUUUUCUCACUUGGCAGUCCUGGUAGCCCAGGCAUUCUUGCCAGAAGCCAGAGUCCUUACUCAACCAGGGCCUAAUGGUUUUACUCAUCACAUAUAUUUAUUGUAGAAUCUCUUGCCUCCUCUCCAUCUCUAGUACCACUUUAGGGCUUCAUCCUCUGUUGCCCACAUGGCUACAUGGCUUCCUAGCUGGUCCCUUUGCACCCAGUUCUAACCUCUUCAAAUUUAUCACCCUGUCCUAGAAACAAAGUGACAUAUCAGAACUGGAAAUCUCAUCAUGUCACUCCCGUCAAAGCAUUCACAUGCUAUUUUCUUCUCUAAUAUGCUACUCUCUACCUAGUUCCCUAUGCUUCCCCUACCACAAUAUCCUAUGUAUUGUUCUAUACAUAUCCACAUGUUCUGUGGUUGUGCUUUUGAUUCUAUCUCCCCACUAAAGGUAAUGCGAGCUCAUGGACACAACAAUAUAGUGGUUACCGAAGGUGGAGGGAGGGUUGGGGGGAAGAAAAAGAAGAUAAAGGGGUCAAAUGCAUGGUGAUGGGAGCAGACUAGAUGUUGGCUGGUAAGCACACAAUGCAGUAUACAGAUGACAUAUUAAAGAAUUGUACACCUGCAACUUAUAGAAUGUUAGUAACCAGUGUUAUCACAAUAAAUUUCAUUGAAUUUAA